UGAAAGAACAAAAGUACAGCAAGUCCUGGAAGAAGCUGACACAAUCGUAAUUAUAAUCCAAAUGGGUGACCACUUUCUCUAACAUUAACAUUAUCUUCCCUCUCCAAUUCCCAAUUCUUCAUCCAAACAUUAUUCUUUUUUUCUGCUAAUAAAAUCAAUCUGCCUCCGACUCUCUUCUCUUUUUUUUUUUUUUUUUCUAUUGUUUCUUUGUUUUCCGAACGAGAGACGAACUCGUACUUGAUACAAUUUUUCAUUAAAUCCUCGCCAUCAAUCUAGGGUUUCUCCUCCUGUUUACUCCUAAUCUAACUCUCAUUCUAUAUAUAUAUCACUAUAUAUGUUUCUAUCAGCCUCGUUUUCUUAAACUAAAUCAAAGCCAAUCCACUGCUGCCGUUCAACAAGGGAGAGAGAGAGAGAGAGAGAGAGAGAGAGAGGAAAAGGUCAUUCCUUUUAGUUUUCAUCGUUCGAUUCGUCUUUAUCGGCCGCGGCGGUGCUAUGGGGAAGGUGGCGGUCGGGACAGCGGUAGUUUGCGCGGCUGCGGCAUGUGCAGCAGCGGCGCUCUUGGUGCGUCACCAGAUGCGGAGCUCGGGAAGGUGGGCCAAGGUUAUGGCCAUACUCAAGGACUUUGAGGAGAAGUCUGGGACGCCCAUUGCGAAGCUCAAACAGGUGGCUGACGCCAUGACCGUUGAGAUGCAUGCCGGACUCGCAUCCGAGGGUGGCAGCAAGCUUAAGAUGAUCAUCAGCUAUGUCGAUAAUCUUCCCACUGGGGAUGAAAAAGGAUUGUUUUAUGCACUGGAUCUUGGGGGCACGAACUUCCGAGUUUUACGUGUACAAUUAGGUGGCAAGGAAGGCAGUGUCGCUAAACAAGAAUUUGAGGAAGUUUCAAUCCCUCCUCAUUUGAUGACAGGAACUUCUGAGGCAUUAUUCGACUACAUUGCUGAUGCACUUGCAAGAUUUGUUGCAACUGAAGGUGAAGGCUUCCAUCUUUCCCCAGGUAGACAAAGGGAAUUGGGUUUUACCUUCUCAUUUCCAGUUAGACAAACAUCAAUUGCAUCAGGGACUCUUAUAAAGUGGACAAAGGGAUUCUCUAUAGAAGAUACGGUUGGACAAGAUGUGGUAGGAGAACUGACCAAAGCCAUGGAACGAAUUGGGCUUGAUAUGCGUGUUUCAGCUUUGGUUAAUGAUACAAUUGGAACACUAGCCGGUGGUAGAUACUCCAACCAGGAUGUCAUUGCUGCAGUAAUUUUGGGUACUGGCACAAAUGCAGCAUAUGUUGAGCGUGCCCAUGCAAUUCCAAAAUGGCACGGUCUACUACCUAAAUCAGGGGACAUGGUGAUCAACAUGGAAUGGGGAAAUUUCAGGUCAUCUCAUCUUCCGUUAACAGAAUAUGAUCAAGCACUGGAUGCUGAGAGUUUGAACCCGGGAGAACAGAUUUUUGAAAAAUUAAUUUCUGGUAUGUAUUUGGGAGAGAUAUUGCGCAGAGUUCUUUGCAAAAUGGCUGAGGAAGCUGCCUUCUUUGGCGAUACAGUUCCACCAAAACUGAAAAUUCCAUUCAUAUUAAGGACUCCUCACAUGUCUGCCAUGCAUCACGACACUUCUCCAGAUUUAAGAGUGGUAGGAAGCAAACUGAAGGAUAUAUUGGAGAUUUCUAAUACCUCCCUGAAAAUGAGAAAAGUCAUUGUUCAGCUCUGUGAAAUUACUGCAAGCCGUGGUGCCCAACUAGCUGCUGCUGGAGUUGUGGGCAUCCUCAAGAAAUUGGGAAAAGAUACUGUAAAAGAUGGUGAAAAUCAGAGGUCAGUGAUAGCAAUGGAUGGUGGGUUGUUUGAGCAUUACACUAAAUUCAGUGUCUGCAUGGAGGCCACACUCAGAGAGUUGCUAGGAGGUGAAGUUUCUGAGAACGUUGUCAUUGAGCACUCCAAUGAUGGGUCUGGCAUUGGAGCUGCCCUCCUGGCAGCCUCUCAUUCCCAGUAUGCUGAGGUGGAGGAGCCUUGAAAGUUGGAAGUUUAGGCAUUUGAAGAAACAUUAAGUAUUUGUAUAUUUUAGCUUCCCCCUCUUUUACCAUAAUUCCCCUGGAGUAAAUUAGAUCUUUCUGCACCAAGUCCAAAAGAUUGCGGCUGCAAAUCUUAAUUUAUGGUCGUAGCUGAAUUUCAGUGAGCAAUGGAUCGAAUAGGCAGUCAAGUGACACUCUUUAACGGUACAAGCUGAAGCUGCAGCUGUUAUUCUGCUCCAUUCCUAAUGUUGGGAGCAUUUUGUUGGUAGCAACGUUGAUUUCUCUUUGAAAUAGGAAAUAAAAUGGGGGGGGGGGGGGGGAGAUUCUAAACUUUUGUUUGAGUUGCAUUUGCGGAUCUUUUUUUCUUCCGCUGCAAAUAAAAUUGAAUUUCAUGGAUAUAGAAAUACAAACGUUAAACUAUUUUUGUCUUUGCAGUUCUGUCAGUGUCCAAGAUGACAUUAUUUCGUAGCUACAGUUUCUGAGUGUUUUGACACAACUUUCUGUUGAAGAAAAUGUGGAAGAUUUUCAAUUUUACAGAUAA